AUGGACGAUAUCCAUGAAUCUCACGCGUGUUACACGUUAGAAAACGCGGUAGCCGCGCGGACGGCGGUGCGGCCCGGCAGCGUUAUUCUGGUCACGAGCGGUGCAGGUGUGCGGCGCGCGCGCGGCAUGACAAGUGCUGCAUCUCUGCCUACUCCACCUAUCGAUCAGCAGCGCAAAAUCAUCGUGCGUGACCCGCGCAGGGCCGCGCUAGGCCGCGCGAGCCCGGCGAGCCGAUGCGCCGAUAUCGUGGUAUGGUUGCUCAUUGAUUAUAUAUUCGAGGUGCAAAGUGAGCAGCCCUGCCUUUCACCGGCGCGCUGCGAGACGGCGUCGCGCCGA